AUGUCAAUGGCUGCAUCUCGCAUCCGAGCAUCCAUCUCUCAAUAUCAGAUGGAGGCUACCCACACCGAGGAGCCUUCUGCUGCUUGGAUCAUGCACUUUAAAGCUGGGCUGCAAUGGGAGAUAGCUACUUUUGUGACUCCCCUCCUGCAGUACUCAGCUGCAAGGAACAUCAUUUUGGUUGUUCCGAGCCCGGUCACUCAUAUUCUUCGGUUGAUUCCCGAGCUCACCUGGAACAUGGUUUCGGACGAUGUCUUUUCAUCCCACCUGUGCAAGUUCCAUGAUGUUGCAGAUCUGGGGGAUCCCUCCCGGAUUGAAUUAUGGGCAUGGGAUCAGGUAUUCGCCAAUUGUGUCUGUCACUACCAGCAUUGGCUAUCUGGCAUUGAGGACAAACAUCUUGUUGUUCCCAAGCAGGUGGCUGAAAGCUCGGUUGCAUCACUGAAGGCACUGAGGUGGAUGAGAGAACGCCUCCUGACAGUGAUUGAGGAUCAACAAGAUGGCAUCCGUGAAAAGAUGGCCGAGAUUCAGAUGUACACAGCCGUCCUAACCAAAUUGAAGCCAAGGGGACCGGAGUAG